GUUGAAAAGAAAAUGAUGAGCUCAGCGAGUGUUGUACAAUUGAAAUCUUCGUCAAUUCGAAGUCAUUUUUGUUUUCUGCCCUCGUUAUAAAUCUACUGGCGCACGAAAACUCGAGUUUGCUAUUUUCGCUGUCAGUGGUGUCUACGGCGAAAGUUAAAAAAAAUGUGAUGAAUGAGUAUACUUUUUAAAGCGUCGCAAUCGUGGCUUUUACAUUGAAAACAAAUGGGCAGAAUGGGCUGCAUCAUUGAGUCACACACAAUCAUUGUAUCUCAUACGUUACUUGUACUGUAUUUAAUUUUUUGUUUCUAUCUCGUGUCCGAGCCAUGUUCUUUUUCAUUGCCUCGAUGACAUAUUUUUUCGCGUGCCAAAUGUGACAAUUAGAAGCAGCAGUGUCAGAGUUGGUAAUGGCGAUGACCAUAUUUUGAGAUAAUCUUUUUUCUCUCCCCUACAACACUGUACGUCGAUGUACGUAAACAGAGGAGGUUAUGAUCAGUUGACAAAAUUCCACAGUGCAGGGGCUCUCAUUACAGGAAAUACGACAAUAACAAAAGGCGAUUUCAGUCCGAUAAACCAGCAAAGAAAUAAGUUCAUAAACCACUAAGAGAAAGAACAACUUAACGAAAAACCUCAUAAAUCCAGAAAUGGCUUCACAGUUUUACAAAAUGAGAGUAAAAUGAGAAAAGUGAAAAAAAAACGAGUCGUAACGCGAACAAAUCGAGUACGAGUAAAAAAAUCAGUGAAUAAUUCAAAACCUGACAAAGAAAUACAGCGAUAACUGUUUAUAGUGAAAAAUGUCUCUGCAUGAUUUGGUUGACGGAGAGUGUGCUGGGCCAAGUUCACUUAUUCGUUUGACUUCGCAUCUCAUCCAGGAUCAUGGAUUCCAGGAAGAAGGUUUGCAACGAGCUCACACAUUUCCACAGCCACAUGUUCCGCCUAACGCAGAACAAUUUGUUGAACAAUUUCUGGAAGAGACCAAUAACGCGUCGCCACAGACCUUCAAAAUGGACAAUAUUCUUAGGGAAAUGCAAAAAAUAGAGUAUGAUCCACGAGUGGUUGGAGCAAACCUCCAGAGACACUCAGAAAUGGCUGGAUGCGAUGCUGCCUGGGCCAGCCAGUACCUUGCGUCUGGUCGUCAUUUUGCUGAAAAUCAUACAGAUGCCAUUUGGAAUUCGUCGUAUAGUGAAGUUGUCAAUAAUGGAGCUGAAAAAUUGGCUUUUGAGGGCAAUACCACGAACGAGUUGGGUUUGGGUCCAUUGUGGGCUGACGAGUAUCUCGAGCACAGUGUAAAUUUAGAUAAUAAUAUCAUAACGAAAAACGACCCGGUCACUUAUGAUACUGAAGUUCCAAAAAAUACAACUGACCACUCGAAAUUAAUGAAAUAUAUGAGCAGCAAAGAAAGUGAAAUGGAAGCCGAAAAAUUGGACGGGAAAUUAGAUGGCAAUAGCGAUUCUUACGAAAAAUGGAUUGAGGAAGCGACUAACGGCAAUAGCGUUCUUGAUGGAAAUGGUGCCACCGAAAUUGGCAGUGCGGAGGCUUGGGCUGAUGAACUCAAACAGGAAAACGCAAUGACUAUGGAUCCUGAUAAAUACGAGUCAAUAUUUUGGGCCCGUUUGCAAGGUGAAUGGAACAAAAUAUCGUCGUUGAAUAAUUUGGUCGACGCUCAUCCAUGGCUGCCCGAAUACGAGAAAUAUUACGAUCCAUUUAACGAGUACAAAUUUAAUGUGAACAAUCCAAUGAGGAGUAUCAACAACGCGCUAGAGGAAGGCAAAAGAAGGCUAGAGGCAGGGGAUUUGCCAAGUGCAGUUUUGUGCUUCGAAGCUGCUGUCCAAGAGGAUCCGAAGAAUGCUGAGGCUUGGCUCAUUCUAGGAAAAACGCAGGCCGAAAAUGAACAGGAUCCAAUGGCAAUUUGCGCGUUAAAAAAUUGUUUGCAGAUCGAUUCAACCAAUUCGGUGGCUCUUAUGGCUCUUGCAAUCUCCUACACCAACGAAUCUUAUCAAAAUCAGGCUUGUCUCACCUUGAAAGAGUGGCUCUCGAAACACGAAAAAUAUAAACAUCUCGUCGACAGUUCCAGUGAUUCACAUCGCCGUUCCAAAUCUGAUGUUUCAACCAUUUUGUUCAACGACGUGCACAACGAGGUUAAAGAUUUGUUCAUCAAAGCAGCCAGAAUAAAUCCGCGAGACGGCAUAGAUCCAGAUGUUCAAAGCGGUUUAGGUGUCUUAUUUAAUUUGUCGUGCGAAUACGACAAAGCAGCAGAUUGUUUUCAAGCAGCUUUGAACGCUCAACCAAAUGAUUGCAGAUUGUGGAAUCGUUAUGGCGCGACCUUGGCAAACGGUCAAAGGUCAGAGGAAGCGGUUACAGCUUAUCACCGUGCCUUAGAACUAUCUCCAGGUUUUAUACGGGCUCGUUACAAUCUUGGAAUAUCUUGCAUUAAUCUUGGGGUUUACAAAGAGGCUGCGGAACAUCUUCUCACUGCUCUGAAUCAACAAGCCGCUGGGCGUGGAGUCGAAGGUGAACGAGGUCAUCCCGGAGCAAUGUCGGACACGAUAUGGUCGACCUUGCGGCUCGUUUUAUCCUUGAUGCAUAAGUACAACCUGAACGAUGCAGUAGAAGCGAAGGAUCUAGCGACCCUAAUCAGGGAGUUCGAAAUCGAAUGAAAGAUCGAAGAAAAGUUCGCGAUAUGUCUACCCCGAAAAAAGCAUUAUUGCGGAAAUAUAAGUG